AUGCCAAGGAAAAAGACCUUGAGUGGUAGGGAGAAUCGUCUUAAAGACAAGAUACGUAAGAGGGAGAAGAGGCAGAAGCAGGCCCUUCCCUUGUCAGAUGUCCCACCAGAUGAUACGCAAGCAGAAUCUGCUGUCUCUUGCGAGACAGUAGAUGGGGUUGUUACAGCUCCACCCGGUAAUUUUCCGGGGCAAGGCUUUAUAGGGUUGCCUCCUAUUGAGGAAAAACCCUUGGCCAGGUUGCAGGCCUCUCUUCGCGAGAAAAUGCAACCAACCGCCCUGAGUAACGCAUCACCUCAGGGAAGUCGUCUGUGUGCCCAAAACGGAGGCAUGGCACCGUCCCCUGACUCCCCACCGUGGGUUUGUACCUCGCCGAGGGUACCUGAGCCGGACACCGUGCACGUGUCUGGCUCAGCAGGUCAGGCGCAGCUGGAUAUGUCAUCCUCUAAGGGGGAUGAGUCCAGCAGGAGAUUGAUUGAUGCAAACCAGAGUAAAAGAACGAGAUCUAAAAGGAAUACUAAAAGGAAUUUACAUGAUGAAAAUGAGAAUUUGUACAUUGUAUAUGAGAAUAGUGAAACAGAAUGUAGAAUUCAAAGUCCUUGUAAUGGUGGACCAUCUGAUGCUGAUGCCUGUAUUGGUGAUAGCAGACCAGUUACAGCUAGCAAGGUAUCUGUUCAAGGUUCUUUUCAUCAGGGUAACUUGAUGUUUGGUGAAAAUGCAGGAACACAAUGUGUUGCUAACUCCUUAGCAGCAAUAGCAUAUCAUAAAAUAAAAAACUCAAAACAAUGGCAAACUUCAGAUAUGAAUAAAGUGUUGGUAACAGGCGAUGAGCUUUACACAUACUUGCAGCGUAGUUCAACCAUUGUUAGUAGAUAUCUCUUAGUUGAUGAGUUGCCACAAUUUUUUGAGUGUUUUGAUACAAUGUUCGAGUUCAAAGCACAUGAACCUUUAUGCAGUCUGAUAAAUUUGUCUGAUGUAGAGCCCAAUUAUGAUGAAUUUAAUGCACAUUUACUGUUAGAUGCACUGCAUAUUGCUCUUAGAGAAUCAAGUGGGUGUUUUGUGUGUUUCAGGGGAAAUACAUUUUUAGUGGGGAAAACAGAAGAUGGUUAUUUUACAUUUGAUUCACAUUCAAGAUCAUCAUCAGGGUGUCUGAGUUUGAAUGGAAAGAGUACAAGGAUACUAUACCAAUCAGUUUACAACAUUUACAAUCAUAUACUGUCAUUAGCAUUGUCAAUGGGAUUUUCGGGAAUCACUGAAUGUGAAAUAACAAGUGUGGAUUGUUCAGUUAGGCACUUUGCAUCUACUGAUAAAAGUGAGCACAUAGAAAUCAUUCAGAAAAAAGGAGAUUUGGCAUUCCAAGAAAAUGCAAACAUUUCUAUUCUACAUGCUGAGUCAAUUGAGGAUGACGAUGUUGAAUUUGUUUACAGUGAAAGUCAAAAUAUUAGAUUUUGUCCAAUAUCCCAAAGUAUGAAAGAACAACUUUGUCACAUUAUUGGAAUACCAUAUUCAAGUAGAAUUGAUAAUGAUGUACAAAAUUGUCAUGUUCAAGAAGUAGGUGCACCUACUGAGUGUGUUGAAAUUCAAAGGGAUGGUAAUUGUUUCUUCAGAGCUAUUUCAUUUUGUUUGACUGGAGUGGAGGAUUAUCACUAUGCAAUUCGAUCAGCAGUGUGUCAACACCUUCUCCACAAUAGAAUAUUGUUCAAACCUUUUGUUAGACAGGCAGAAAGUUCUGUAGAAAAUCAUUUUUCUAUAACAAAGAUGUCAAAUGAUGGUUCAUGGGCAACUGAACUAGAAAUAAUGGCUGUUUGUCAUCUAUUGAGUAUUGAUAUACACACAUAUACAGAAAAUCAUUGGAUUACAUACUCAAGAAGAAUGAUGGAACCUUGUAAAAAUACUCAGUCCAUAGGAUCAAUUUAUCUAGAUCAUGAGAAUCAGAAUCAUUACAAUGUAGUGUUGACAGUUGCUGAGAAUAAAACAACUGGUUCUUUAAAAACACAUACUGGUAAAGAGGGAUACAGGGAAAGACGCAGAAAUCGAAACCGCAUGAGGAAUGUACGUGUCUGUUUAUCAACAAAAAAACUAAGGAAAGAUCAUGAAUUGAAACUAAAGAAUGUAAAUUGUAAGGAAAAGAAAUUAAGAUCAAAAAAUCUUAAGUACAAGACUGACUUGAAAUUUAGAUUAAAGGCAAUCGCAGAUGGAAAAUUUAGAUAUAGAUGUGAUGAAAUUUACCAAGCAAAAGCAAAAGAAAGGAGUGUGGAAAAAUACUCUUUGGAUGCAGAACACAAGUUGAAACUGAGGGAGGCAAACAAAAGAAAGUAUAAAACUGAUGAAGAUCAUAAUCAAUAUAUGAAGAAAAGAAGCAUUGAGAAAUAUAGUUCAGAUGUAGUGCAUAGAGAGAGUGUAAAAGAGAGAAGUACAGAGAAAUACAAGAUUGAUGAAUUGCACAGAAUGGAUGUUAGGCAAAGAAGUACAGAGAAGUACAAGAAAGAUGAAGUACAUCGAAUGAAUGUUAAGCAACGAAGUACAGAGAAAUACAAGAAUGAUGAAGAACAUAAACAGAAGAUUAAGACUGCUAAUAAAAUGAAAUAUCAUUUCAGUGAGGAUGAGAAAAAGAAGAAGAAAGAGGCAGUUUUUAAUCAUAGACAAACACUGAAAGUAAAGCUUGAAGAUGAAGAAGAAGUUUUGGCAUUAUUCAGGGAAAGUGUAAGAAAUGGUCCAGAAUACACAUGUUGCUGUUGUCAUCGUUUAUUGUUUGAACACCAAGUUCAAGGAUGCACUCUUGAAAUGUACAAAGGAAGACAUCAAGCACAUGAAAUUGCAAAGGCAUGUAUACAGGAGAAAUACUGUCAUGAGUGUACAUUGACUUGUCCAAUGCAUUGCAUACAGUCAUCAUUGUGGAUAUGUUUUACUUGUCAUAGGAAAAUAUUAAGUGGUAAUGUUCCAGCAGAAGCAGCUGUAAAUAAAAUGUCACUGGACGAAAUUCCUAAUGAUCUAGCCAAUUUAAACAGUUUGGAGCAGCAUUUAAUUGCUUUACAUGUUCCUUUUAUGAAAGUGAUGGCUCUCCCACAAGGUGGUCAAAGAAAUGUGCAUGGGCCUGUUGUUUGUGUGCCAUCAAAUAUAAAAAAGGCAACAAGUUUACCAAGAAGUCAUGAUGACAAUCUCUUGUUAAGAGUUAAACUGAAACGCAAACUAGCAUACAAGGGCUAUUUUGAAUACCAAUUUGUCAAUCCGAAUCACAUAAAGAUGGCUCUUGAUUAUUUAAAGAAAGAGAACAAAUGGUAUCAGGAUGUUGAAAUCAAUACCAAUUGGGAGGGAAAUAGUGACCAAAAUGAUUUGCUACCAAAAGAGACCAGUGACCAGGAUCAAGAGAAAUUUGAAGACGAGGAAGUGAAAGAAGGUGAGAUUGAUCAGACUUCAGAGGUUGUUACUGAUACAUGCUUACAGCCUGUCGAUGUUGCGCAAGAAGUUCUCGAUCAUUACUUUGACGAUAUAUACAAUAUAGCACCAAGUGAAGGAAAAAAUCCAAUUCGAAUGUUGCAAGAAGAAGGUAACGAAGCAAAGACUUUUCCACAUUUAUUUCCAAGUGGAAACUUUUCCUGGAAUGAAAAUCGAGAUGUAAAGAUAACUCUAUCAAGGUAUUUUAACAACAGACUUAUGAAUGCAGAUAACAGAUUUGCUAAAGACACAAAUUACAUUUUCUUCUCUCAAUACAUGUCAGAAUUAAACCAAGUAAUUGAGAAAACACAAAUUUCAAUCCGAAAGUCUUUAUCAAAGCUUGAUACUGGAAAAGCAGUGACUUCUGAAAUGUUACAGAAUCCAGAUGUUCUGUCUAAUCUCCUUAAGAAUAACGAGGCUUUACGCUUUAUGCAACCUAUUCGAGGAACUCCUGCAUAUUGGUCAGCUACUCAGAAAGAUCUUUUUGCCAUGCUUCGACAACUAGGAAUUCCAACUUGGUUUUGUUCAUUUUCGGCGGCUGAGUUCAGGUGGAAUGAAAUCAUUGGAUCAAUAUUGCAUCAUGAUAAUGAUCCUAGAUCCCCGUCUGAUUUAGACUGGUCAGAAAAAAGUGAAAUUUUGAGAAGCAAUCCAGUAACUGUGGCAAGAAUGUUUGAACAUAGAUUCCAUAUGUUUCAAAGGCAUGUAAUUUUAUCACCAUCAAAACCAAUAGGGAAUGUUAUUGACUAUUUUGUGAGAGUAGAAUUUCAACAAAGGGGUUCUCCACACAUGCACUGUUUGUACUGGAUUGAGAAUGCACCCAAAGUUGAUGAAGAUAAUGAGGAAACUGUUUGUGAUUUCAUUGACAGAUAUAUCACAUGCGCUUUACCUUGUGAAAAUGAUGACGCAGAGCUUCGAAGAAUUGUUCUAGGUGUUCAACAGCACAGCAAGAGUCACUCAAAAUCAUGUAGGAAAAAGGGAACAGAUUGUAGAUUUCACUUUCCAAGACCACCAUCAGAGAGAACAUUUAUUACAAGGCAAUGUGAGAAAGAUGUUGAGGACUGUGAAGAUGGCAAAGGGUUGUCUAAAUCUCAAGCAAAAGAUAUUUUGUUGCGUGUUUGGGAUGAAGUUCUUGAUGAUAUGAAUGGAUGCAAAACAACAGAGGAAAUAUUCUCCAAUAUACAAUUAUCUCAAGAUGUUUAUGAAGAAGCACAUAGGGUAUUAUCUGCAAAAUCAACUACUAUCUUGAAACGAAAUCCAGAUGAAAUGUGGACAAACCAAUACAAUCCAUGUCUUCUCAAAUGCUGGGAUGCAAAUAUGGACAUACAGUAUAUCUUUGAUCCCUUCAGCUGCAUUGUGUAUAUAAUUUCAUACAUUUCAAAGUCAGAACGGGAAAUGGGAAUGCUGCUGAAACAAACGCAAGUAGAAUCUGCAGAAGGAAACUUAAGUGCUCGUCAAACGAUGAAGCGAAUUGGAUCAGCUUAUCUCAAUCAUAGAGAAGUAAGUGCCCAAGAAGCAGUAUACAGAAUCUGCAAUCUAAAAAUGAAAGAAAGUUCAAGAAAAGUUGUUUUUGUUCCUAUUGGUGUAAAUCCAACUCGACUGAGUAAACCUCUUUCACAAAUUAAAAGUGUACAAAAUGGUGAAAAUGAUAUGGAAGAUGAUGACGACAGCAUUUGGAUGACAAAUGUAGUGGAAAGAUAUGAAAAUCGUCCAGAUCCACCUCCUUUCCCUGAAAUGUGUCUUGCAGAAUUUUGCUCCGAGUAUCGUGUUCUUGCAAAAUCUCAGAUUCCCCAUGGAGAAAAAGAAGGUGUUUAUAAAUUAAAGAAAGGUCAUGGUUACAUUCAGAAAAGAACAAGAGCUAAGCCAGCUGUAGUAAGAUAUCCCAGAUUCAAUCCAGAAAAUGCACCAGAAAAGUAUUUUCAAUCAAUACUGCAACUUUUUCUUCCGUAUUGGACUCAAGAUCAACUGAAACCGCCUGGAUUUGACUUUUAUCAGACAUUUUUUGAAAAUGGGUUUGUGAGAAUAGGAAGUGAAAACAGAUUGCAAUCUGUCAGAAAUGUAGUUGAAAAAAAUAGGGUUAUAUUCUCAAAGAAUGAAGAUGCCCUUGAAAAUGCGCAAGAAACUUUAGAAAUUUAUGGCGAACCUGAAGAUGCUUGGGCUAACCUGUGUCCAGAAACUGAAAAGAAUCGAGAAGAAUGUCUUAUUGAAAAGAGGAGAACAGAAAAAUCAGAAAAUAGAGAACCAGAAAUCACUCAUGAAAUUGAACAUGACAACUCUUCAGAUGUGAUAUAUCAUAUUAGGGAAAAUUCUACAUCAAGACAAGAAAUCCUUCCUUUUUUGAGAAGUUUAAAUGAAAAACAAAAGCAGGUUUUUUACUUGGUUCGUGAAUGGUGUUUGAAAAAAGUGGCUGGGAAGAAAAUAGAACCAUUACAUAUUUUUGUGACUGGAGGUGCAGGGACAGGAAAAAGCCAUCUGAUUAAGACUAUACAGUAUGAAGCCUCCAGACUUUUCGAGAAAACGAUUUCGUCUCCUUCAGAUUUGUCUGUUCUUCUGACAGCUUUUACAGGAACUGCAGCUUUCAAUAUUGGUGGAAGCACAAUUCAUCACGUAUUUUCCUUAACUAAAGCUCUACGCAUUCCAUAUGAACCUCUGCAAGAACAAAGUUUAAGUGCAAUGAGGUCAAGGUUAGCUUCUUUGCAGAUUUUAAUCAUUGAUGAAGUAUCUAUGGUUUACAAGCGGCUCUUGUACUAUGUUCACGAACGCCUGGUGCAAAUCAAAAAAUGCAAGGAACCCUUUGGUGGUAUAUCAGUUAUAGCUGUAGGAGAUUUUUACCAACUACCUCCUGUGAAACAACGAAAGGUGGAAAUAUUGUACGAAGAAAAUGGUGAAUAUCCUGUAGAUUACUGGUUAGACUUCUUCAAAAUCGUUGAGUUGGAGGAAAUAAUGAGACAACGUGACGACGCUGCAUUUGCUGCAGUUUUGAAUUCACUGAGGAUUCGAACAAUAAAGGAACCACUAUCGAAAGAGGCAAUAUCAAUGUUAAAAGAAUGCAUUAGGGAAGGACCGGAUGAAGCACUCCAUGUAUAUCCUACAAAUGAAGAAACAAAUGAACAUAAUCUGAAGAUGCUGCAAUCAAACUGUGGAGAAUUGAUAGAGAUUACUGCUGAAGAUUAUCAGAAAGACAAUACCACUGGAAAGCUGACUUUACGUGAAAAACCUUUCAUAAGGACAAGAACAGAUGGGCUCUCUGCUUCUUUGCUUUUUUCAGUGAAUGCAAGAGUAAUGCUGACGAGAAAUAUCAACGUCGAAGAUGGACUUGUAAAUGGUGCAAUGGGGCAUAUUUCAGAUUUUCAGUUUGGAGAAGCUCAGAAAAUAAACAGGGUAGAAGGAAUUAGAAUAAUUUUUGAUAGUGAGGAUGUUGGAAGACUGCAAGGAAAAAGGACAAGCCAUGGAAAUGAGGUAUUGAUUCAAAGAUUACAAGAAGACAUCAGGGAAAAAAAUACAAAGAAUGUUAUUCGUCACCAGUUUCCUUUGAAACUUGCAUGGGCAUGUACAGCACAUAAAGUUCAAGGCAUGACAAUAAACAGAGUUGUUGUAAAUUUAGACCAUACUUUCGCUCCAGGACAGGCAUAUGUUGCAAUAAGCCGUGUCACUUCACAAAAUGGUUUAUUCAUAGAAACGAGAGAUGAAAAUGCAUUAUUAAAGAAAAUUUACGCUAACCCAGACAUAAAAUCAGCACUGCUAAAGAUGGAAAAUUUAAUCCCCAAAGAAGGUUAUCCACAAUGCUGCACUGAAAAUGAAAGAUUCAAAACGAUUGUUCUGCUUAAUGUGCAGAGUUUAAGGGGACAUAUUCUAGACUUAAAAAGUGACACCAGAUUGCUCCAAGCAGACUUUAUAUGUCUUACAGAAACAUGGCUGACGGACAAUGAGAGUAUGAAGGACUUUGAAAUUCAAGAUUUUGAAUUCAACCAUACCACAAGAAAGCAGUCAUAUGAUGAAAGUGUGAAUGGUGUUGCUAAACUUCGGUCAGCCAAAGGAGGAGGUGUCGGUAUUUACAAAAAGAGAAAGGAAAAUGCUCAAGUUCGUGAUUUACCUGAAAAAAAUAUUGAGGGAAUGGCUAUAGAGCUAUAUGACGAAAACAUUGUAAUCAUAGUUGUAUAUCGACCAAGUGUUCUCAGUGUCAGAUGCUUUCUUGAUGGCCUAAAUAAGACUGUAGACUUCUUUAAGGUUCGGUAUUCCCACUGCAUUGUACUUGGAGAUUUCAAUGAAGAUGCGCAAUUUGAAGGACCGAUUCAAAGAAUGUUUGAGAUUAAUGGAUUUAUGCAGAAAGUACAUUUUGCAACAACAGAGGGCGAUACUAUACUAGAUCAUGUAUAUAUCACAGAACAGAUGAAAGCAAGUGUAGCGGUCAUGCCAGUUUAUUAUAGCUAUCAUAAAGCUGUGACAGUGAAUUUAAAAUAA